AUGAGCCAAGAAGAAUUACCCUUGAAGAUUACUCUAGCUCAAUUGAUUCAGAACAAUUUGUUACAUGGUUUGCCCAAUGAAGACCCGUAUGCACAUCUAGCUACCUAUAUUGAGAUAUGCAAUACUGUCAGAAUAGCUGAUGUGCUUGAGGAUGCUGUUAGAUUGAGCUUGUUUUCAUUUUCUUUGUCUGGAGAAGCAAAACGAUGGCUCCAUUCAUUUAAAGGUAACAGUCUUAAGACUUGGGAUGAAGUGGUUGAAAAAUUUCUGAAGAAGUACUUCCCAGAGUCUAAGACUGCUGAAGGAAAAGCUGUCAUCUCAUCAUUUCAUCAAUUUCCAGACAAGUCCUUGAGUGAGGCUUUGGAAAGAUUUCAUGGGUUACUAAGAAAGACGCCUACACAUGGAUUUUUAGAACCAAUCCAGCUCAAUAUUUUCAUUGACGGGUUAAGGCCACAACCCAAGCAGCUUUUAGAUACUUCUGCAGGGGGAAAAAUAAAAUUGAAAACCCCUGAAGAAGCAAUGGAAUUGAUUGAAAAUAUGGCUGCUAGUGACCGUGCAAUUUUGCGUGAUAGAGCAUACAUUCCUUCCAAAAGAAGCCUGCUAGAGCUUUCAUCACAGGAUGCAUUGUUGGCACAAAACAAGAUGCUAUCCAAGCAACUUGAGGCAUUGAUAGAAACAUUGAGUAAGUUGCCAACCCAAUUACAUUUUGGACAACCUUCACCCUCUUUUGUUUUGCUGGUUGCAGGUUGUGUUAUAUGUGGUGGAGCACAUGAUUCUGGCUGCUGCAUUCCCACAGAAGAUACAACACAUGAACAAUAUAAUCAGCAACAGGGACAGUGGAGAACUCACCCUGGCAAUCAGUUCAAUAAAGACCAAGGUGGGCCAUCUAACAAUCCACAACAACAAAGGCCUAGUCUUUAUGAUAGAACAACGAAGCUGAAAGAGACUCUUGCUCAGUUCAUGCAAGUAUCCAUGUCCAAUCAAAAGAGCACAGAGUCAGCCAUCAAGAAUCUAGAAGUCCAGGUGGGACAAUUGGCAAAACAAUUGGCAGACUGA